ACUGCCUUUCCUUUGGCACAACGACUACAGUGCAACUAUAUGAUCAGAAGUAGAACCAGGGCUAAGUUCUUUCUACUUCCCUGGACCUACUUCUGUGCGCCCAACCCUAGCACGCAGCGGUUUCAUCUAUCCGCAGCGAUGUCUGGGUACGAUUACCAGGGUUACGGCGAUGGUGGUGGUGGUGGGGGAGGAUAUGGAGGGGGAGGAGGCGGCGGGUACGGAGAUCUGUUCCUUUCACGCCAGGCCUUUAUGAUUAUCCUCUUUUCUUUCUAAGAUGCCUACAAAUCAGAUUUUUAAGAACCCUGCUAAUCGUUAAGUGUUCCUGUGCCUUUAUGAUGUCUUUAUGCCUUCCAAACACGCAAUUGUACCCGCUAUUGGCACGGUGCGCGAUCCGCGGCCGAUCCGCGCAGGGGGAGGACGCGGAGGGGGCGGCGGACGAGGCGGAGGUCGAGGCGACGGUGAUUGGCUGUGCCCAAACCCAUCGUGUGGCAACAACAACUUCGCACGUCGGUCGGAGUGUAACCGCUGCGGCACCGCGCGCCCUGCCGGAGUUGGGGGAGGCGGGGGGGGCGGAGGCGGAGACUACGGCGGAGGCGGAGGGUUUGGCGGAGGGGGCGGGCGCGGCGCCCCGCCACCCCGCCCAGGCGACUGGGAUUGCCCGGGUUGCGGAAACAACAACUUUGCCCGCCGCGCGGAGUGCUUCAAGUGCGGAACCGCCCGCCCCGCCGACGCGGGCGGUGGUGGCGGUGGCGGCGGUGGUCGCGGGGGCUACGGGCGGGAGGGGGAGGAUCGGUAUGGGGGCGGGCGGGACGACAGGGGGAGUGAUCGCUACGGCGGGGGAAGAGGCGACGAUAGGGGCAGGGGGGACGACAGGGGGAGAGGGGACGACCGGGGGAGGGGGGACGACCGCGGGAGGGGGGACGACCGCGGGAGAGAUGACAGGGGAAGGGGAGACGACAGGCGGGGGGGGGAUGACAGGCGCGGGGGAGAUUACGGGUCCCGUGGAGGGGGGAGGGGGGAAUACGACCGCGACGGAGGGCGCGGGGAUGGGGGCCGGGGGGGCGGAGAUUAUGCACGAGACGACAGGGGGGGGGGAUAUGGGGGGGAUGAGCCUGCGGACAGUGGGGGCGGAGGCGGAGGGGGGGCGCCGGGGGUGAAGCAAUGUGACGAGAACUGCCCCCCGGAGUGUGACAACGCGCGGAUUUAUAUUUCCGGGCUGCCCAAGGACGUAACUGUUGACGAGCUGGUCAACCUGUUCGGCGGCAUUGGGAUGAUCGCCCGUAUCAAGCAGAAGCGCGGGUACAAGGACCAGUGGCCGUACAACGUGAAGCUGUACACGGACGAGAGGGGACAGAACAAGGGCGAUGGAGUGUUGACCUAUGAGGACCCCCAGGCGGCUCACAGCGCGGGCGGCUUCUUCAACGGCCACACCGUGCGCGGCAGCACCAUCAAAGUGAGCAUGGCGGAGAAGUCAGCUCCACGGCCCGGAGGAGGGGGGGGGCGAGGAGGAGGCGGAUUCAGAGGAGGUCGAGGCGGAUUUAGAGGGGGAGGGGGGCCUGACCGCAGGGACUUCGACAGGGGGAGGCCUCGCCCCUAUUGACCCCCUCGCCCCUAUUGACCCCCUCGCUCCUGUUGACUCCCUCGCCCCCUCGUCCCUUUCUUGUCACGGCUACCUACUUAAACUACCUACCAGUUGAGGUCCACGCAUUGAUUUUUCAGAGGCCUUCAGGGCCGGCUUUGCUCGUCUAGUUUAGAGUGUUAACGUAGAAACGAAUGAUUACUAGAGGUGGAAACCUAGAACAAAUACUAGUUGGUUGUACUCACUAGAAGCAUACCUCAGUCUAGCCUAUAACUUCUACAUAGAUAAUAUGUA